AUGGUGUUUGGCAUGAGGCAAGCCCUCGAUAGGCUCAAGACAGCUAUAUCCCCAGAAGAGGCGAGUAGUCGCUCGUCAUCGCCGGUAUCGACCGCAACUGAGCAAUCAACUAGAAAAUCUUUGAGGGUUAGACGGGGAAGUGUUGACGGGGGCCUGAUUUAUCAAGAUGAUGCCUUGCCUACUGUAAAACUCAAUGGGUAUCUGCCCACGACUAAAAACAAGCUUCUGAUGCCUGAUAUGUGCGACGAGUUACGAAAUUUAAUGCCCACGAGAGUGCAAUUGUAUACAGACUGGCAGCUGUUGUAUAGCCUCGAGCAGCACGGCGCAUCCCUGAGGUCAUUGUAUGACAACGUAGCACCAGAGAGAGCGACGCCCAUGAGAGUUGGGUACGUGCUGGUGAUCAAAGAUCGCAAGCACGGGAUAUUUGGUGCCUACACGAACGAGCCUUUCCACCCUACCGAAAAUAGGCGAUACUAUGGGAAUGGGGAGUGCUUUCUGUGGAAGAUGGACAGAGUUCGUGGUUUGAGCAUUGGUGAACGUCGUGAUACCGGCUGCCAGAGCGAGGAAAAGGUCCACGACGGUGAGUACGGAUGGCAGUUCAGAGGCUAUCCGAUGACUGGAGUCAACGAAUUCGCCAUCUAUUGCCAGUCCAAGUUUCUUUCUUUGGGCGCGGGAGACGGUCAUUACGGCCUGUGGGUCGACGACAGUUUAUUGCAUGGGGUUUCCUGCCCCAGUCUCACCUUCGGCAACGACGUGCUGAGCCGGGAGGGCAGGAAAUUUCACAUUGUAGCUCUGGAAGUAUGGCGAGUAGGAUAA